CUCGAUCGCUUCCGUUUAAGUUGUUCGUUCCAGAGAUAGCUCGAGUCAGUCGAUAGGGUUUAGGUGAAGAACAUCGAUCGCCAACAUGGGCGAGUCGGGGGUAGAGAAGAUCUAUCAAAAGAAGACUCAACUCGAGCACAUCCUUCUGCGGCCUGACACAUACAUCGGCUCAGUCGAGCAGGAUACGCAGAAGAUUUGGGUGUACGAUGGGCCGGAGCAUGGCAUGGUCUAUCGGGAGAUCACUUACGUCCCAGGCUUGUACAAGAUUUUCGACGAGAUUCUUGUGAAUGCGGCGGAUAAUAAGCAACGCGACAAGAGUCAAAACAUGAUCAAGGUUGACAUAGACCCGGUGAAAGGAAUGAUCUCAAUCUACAACAACGGCAAAGGAAUUCCCGUAGUCAUGCACAAGGAAGAGAAAUGCUACGUUCCGACUUUGAUAUUCGGUCAUCUCUUGACCUCUUCCAACUACAACGACGACGAGAAGAAGGUCACAGGAGGGCGGAAUGGAUACGGAGCGAAGUUGUGCAAUAUUUUCUCAACGAAAUUCACACUGGAAACCUCAUCGAAAGCCGACAAAAAAGCUUUCAAGCAAUCAUGGUCGAACAACAUGACGGUCACAGGUGAAGCAAAAAUCGUCGAAAGCUCGCAGGAUUAUACGAAGGUUACCUUCUACCCUGAUCUGAAGAAAUUUAAUAUGAAGGAGCUGGACAAGGAUUUCGUUGCCCUUGCAAGCAGACGAGCUUACGAUGUUGCCGGUUGUACCCCCGGAGUCAAAGUUCAAUUGAACGGGGAACUUUUGCCUGUGAAAAACUUCUUGGACUACGUGAACCUCUUCACCUCAAAGUGCACAAAUGAAGACGAAGACAAACCGCUGACGGUCGUUCACGAAAUUGUCAGUUCGAGAUGGGAGGUCGCCUGUUGUCCCGCACCGGAGGGCGAGUUCAAGCAGAUGUCGUUCGUCAACAACAUCGCGACAACCAAAGGAGGAAGUCACGUCGAGUACGUGGUCGACGCCAUCUCGAAGAGACUAACUGAUCAAGUGAAAAAGAAGAACAAACAAGGAGUGAACAUCACGAAGAAACAGAUCAGAGAUCACAUGUGGAUCUUCGUCAAUUGUCUCAUUGAGAACCCGACAUUCGACUCGCAGACCAAAGAAAACAUGACGCUCCAGGUCAAGAAGUUCGGCUCAACUUGCGACAUGUCCGACAAAUUCUUCAACGGAGUUCUCAAAUCAGGAAUCAUCGACUCCAUCAUGAUGUUCGUUCACUUCAAAGCGCAGAAAGAAAUGAACAAGAAAUGCUCAAAAACAAAACAUGCGAAGUUGAAAGGUAUCCCGAAACUGGAGGACGCAAACGAUGCCGGCACGAGUCGUUCGAUCGAUUGCACUCUGAUACUCACAGAAGGAGAUUCAGCCAAAACUUUGGCUGUGUCCGGUCUCGGAGUCAUAGGCAGGGACCGCUAUGGAGUGUUUCCACUACGCGGUAAACUCCUCAACGUUCGAGAAGCUACGACAAAACAACUUCUCGAGAAUGCAGAGAUCAAUAACAUAAUCAAGAUUGUGGGACUCCAAUACAAGAAAAAGUAUGAAGCCCCAGAGGACAUGAGGAGCUUACGCUAUGGAAAAAUAAUGAUCAUGACCGAUCAGGAUCAAGACGGGUCUCACAUCAAGGGCCUCCUGAUCAAUUUCAUCCAUCAUAACUGGCCAUCGCUCCUACAAAUGAAUUUCCUUGAAGAGUUCAUCACACCCAUCGUCAAGGUGUUCAAAGGAUCAAACGAGCAAUCGUUCUUUUCGCUUCCAGAGUUCGAAGAGUGGAAAGUCGCUACCCCGAAUUGGGAAUCUUGGAGAGUCAAGUAUUACAAGGGUUUGGGUACGUCUACCGCGAAGGAGGCGAAAGAAUAUUUUUCAAACAUGGGCAGGCAUCUUAUCGCCUUCAAGUACACUGGUGCUGAAGACGACAGUUCGAUCACUCUAGCUUUUUCCAAGAAGAUGGUCGAAGAGCGAAAAACCUGGCUCACGAACGGGAUGAAGGAGCGCAAAGAUCGCCGUGAAUUGGGAAUGCCAGAAAUCUAUCUGUACAACAAGGAUACGAAAAAGGUCUCGUAUUCUGAUUUCGUUCACAAAGAACUGAUCCUCUUCUCCAACAUGGACAACGAGAGAUCCAUACCCUCCCUGGUGGACGGUUUGAAACCCGGUCAGAGGAAGGUUUUAUUCACGUGUUUGAAGAGGAACGAUAAGCGUGAAGUGAAGGUCGCGCAGUUGGCGGGCUCGGUGGCUGAAAUGUCAUCUUAUCACCACGGAGAGCAGUCACUCAUGAUGACCAUCAUCAACCUCGCGCAGGACUUCGUGGGCUCGAAUAACAUCAAUCUUCUGCAGCCUAUUGGUCAAUUCGGAACGCGACUUCAAGGGGGAAAGGACUCGGCAUCCCCCAGAUACAUCUUCACCAAAUUGUCUCCAUUGGCGAGGAAUUUGUUCCACGCGGACGAUGAUGCGGUUCUCGAUUAUCUGUACGAUGACAAUCAGAAGAUCGAGCCGAACUAUUAUCUUCCAAUUAUCCCGAUGGUUUUAGUGAAUGGUGCAGAAGGAAUCGGAACGGGCUGGAGCACGAAGAUCCCGAACUACAACCCGAGGGACGUCGUCGAGAACGUUCGCAGACUACUCAAGGGGCAGCCCCCGAAGAAAAUGACACCGUGGUAUAAGGGUUUCGAGGGGGAAAUCGUCGCUCUAGAUUCGGGUUCGAGAAUCGUUGUACACGGGGAAAUCUCAACCCUCUCGAACAAUCGAGUUCAGAUAACCGAACUCCCCAUCAAAGUUUGGACUCAGGCAUUCAAAGAGAAUGUCCUCGAAUCGCUCUUGCACGGUUCAGACAAGGUACCGGGUCUGAUAACGGAUUACCGGGAAUACAAUACCGACACGAAAGUCAAUUUCGUAGUCCAGAUGGACAGUGCCCAGAUGGCGAAAGCCCAGUCGGAGGGGCUCCACAAAGUCUUUAAGCUCCAGACUACAUUAGCGACGACUUGUAUGGUUCUCUUCGAUGCCGCCGGCUGCAUCCGCUUCUACCAGAGUCCGGAGGAGAUUCUCGAGGAGUUCUUCACCGUUCGACUAGACGGAUACGUACGUCGACGGAACUUUCUCUUGGGUAUGCUCGGGGCGGAAGCAUGCAAACUCACGAACCAGGCGCGCUUCAUAGUCGAGAAAUGCGAGGACAAAAUCCGCGUGGAGAACAAGAAGAAGAAAGUCAUGAUCGAGUUGCUCGUGGAACGAGGUUACGAUCCCGAUCCCGUGCUCCGUUGGAAAGAGUCUCAGAAGUCCGAGCAGGAGAAAGAAGCUGAGGCCGGUAUCGAGGAUGAUGAAGCCGAAGGCUCCCGAGAGGAGAGUCAACCACGUUCCGACAGCAAUCAAACAAAGGACUACGAUUAUCUUCUGAGUAUGACGAUGUGGAGUUUGACUUUCGAGAGGAAAGAGGAACUGCUGAAGAAAAGGGACAACAAAAUCACCGAGUUGAAGACGCUCGAGGGAAAAACCCCGAAGGAUCUGUGGAACGAGGAUCUAGACGCAUUCUCGGCAAAACUCGACGCGUAUGAAGCACAACAGCGUGAGGAGAACAGAAAAGCAGAAAAGAAACAAGCCGCCGUGAAAUCGCAAAAAGGGGCUAAAGGCAAGGCCAUUAAAGGAGAGGCCACCGAAACUGGCGAUCGCAUCAAGCCAGAGAUAGAUAAGGAGCUGCUCGAAAAAAUCGAGAAAGCCCAAAUCGCGGGACAAAAACGCAAAGAACCGAAAGCGGAGAAAGCGCCGAAGGCCGAGAAAGUCAAGAAAGAGGCGGUGAAGAAAGAGCCCAAGGAUCCGAAGGCGAGCAAACAGGAUCCGAAACAGAAGAAACUUGAUUUCAAGAAGAAAGUCAAGAAAGAAGACAGUGGCACUGACCUGAGCGAUGGAGGGUCGGAGUCUGAUUUUGCCAUGAGCGAUGAUGAACCUCAAAAACGCGAGAUGCCGCAGAGGAGCCGCGCGAAACCCAUCAUCGAUGCCGACUCGGGAGAUGAGGAUCAGGAGAACAAAAAGGAAACGUCGACAUCGAAGUCUGCUCGAGUGGUCGAGCAAAUCCUGAGCAGCGACGACGAGCUGGUUUCUCUUUCCAAACGAGCUCCCCCGAAGAAAGCGCAGGCGCAAACUUCAAGACCCGUACUUUCGGAGAAGAGUUCCAAUGCUCCGAAACGCAAGAAGUUCCAUCUCUCGGAUUCGGAGAGCGACACAGAGCUCCAAAGGAAGAAACCAAUCAAGAAGGCUGCGAGAGCAGCCAUAUUGUCGGAUGAUUCGGAUUUCUGAGCUGAUACGCUCGUGUUGCCGAACUGAACCGAAAUCAAAUAGCAGAGCUGCCUCCGAUAUGGAUCGCGCGGUCUGAUUUGUCCAAUAAUUCCGCGCUUAUCGAUAUCUCUGGAUAGAGAUAUUUUUAGAAUGAGUCCGGUAGUUCCUCUCUGAGCCUCGAGGACGAGGUUCUGCUGUGCGCAUCUUAUCCAACGCUCGACGAAUAUAACUUGUUUCUGAGAAAAAAAA